AUUUACAUCUGUGCUCCUGACACGUAGCAGCCGCAAACAAGUUGGCAGCGCCGGGGACCGACUCGUCAACAACACAGAGUGCGAGAUGUCGGGGUUCGACAACUUAAACACAGACUUUUACCAGUCGAGCUACAGUGUAGAGGACCAAAACCAGGCCGCCUAUGGCUACAGCAACAGCAACACUGAAAAACAGCAAUACGGUCAGUAUGACUACUCCCAGCCCAUGGGCUACGCCACCCCAGGGAUAAUGCAGCCUCAGCAGCCGUACACAGGACAAAUCUUCCAGCCCGCACAGACCUACACUCCAUCCCCGGCACAGUCAUUGUACAGCAGUGGCUUUGAUGACGAGCCACCGCUGUUAGAAGAAUUAGGAAUCAACUUCGACCACAUCUGGCAGAAGACCCUGACGGUGCUGCAUCCGCUGAAAGCAGCAGACGGCAGCAUCAUGAACGAGACGGACCUCGCAGGCCCCAUGGUCUUCUGUUUGGCCUUUGGAGCAACACUCCUCCUGGCAGGAAAGAUCCAGUUUGGCUAUGUUUACGGUAUCAGCGCAAUCGGCUGCCUGGGCAUGUACUGUCUACUCAACCUCAUGAGUAUGACGGGCGUCUCCUUUGGUUGUGUGGCCAGCGUGCUGGGAUACUGCCUCCUCCCCAUGAUCCUCCUCUCCACCUGCGGAGUCCUCCUCUCUUUACAGGGCUUGGUGGGUAUAAUCUUAACUUCAGCGAUCAUCGGCUGGUGCAGCCUCUCGGCCUCAAAGAUCUUCAUCUCGGCGUUGGCCAUGGAUGGGCAGCAGCUGUUGGUGGCUUACCCCUGCGCUCUCUUAUACGGGGUCUUUGCGCUCAUCUCUGUCUUCUAAAGAAAACCACCGAAUAGCAGCUGAAAAAAUAACUGCUCUCCAAUUUCUGUAAUGUCAGUCUAAUUGGUGUAAUUGUUGGCUAAUUACAGUGUUAUUACAGAAAAGAGGAGCUGCUGUUUGAAAUGGCACCAAGAUUUAUUUUUCUUUUAUGAGCCUCCUCCUCUCACAGCGUUCCAACUUGACCAUGUGCAGGCCGGAGUGUAUCACCUCACCCAUCGUCUACUUCCCCCCUUGCUUCCCUCAUGCAUCUUAAAGGAGAAGGCUGUCAAAUAAACCUGGUGAAGAAUAACUCUCCCAUGCACCACGUUGGGUCUAUUGCAGUCUGAUGAUUUUAAGGACAUGGAGGGGAAGGAAGUGAGCAUGAACUUCACACAAUGGGAACCUGAGAGUUAAAUUUGGGCACAAGUGGGAAAAGGUUCUCAAUUUCCAAGACGGACAGAUGACCAACCCUCAGCAAACCCUGCUGGUUUAUUUGAAGCCAGUGGAAAACGCCAUGUAUAGCCAUUUUUGCUCAAGCUUUUGUGAACCAUUUCUAGAAAGUAAAUUGUACAACUGCAAGAUAAAGGGAAGCAUUCACAUCUAUUCUGUGCAAGAUUACAGCUGCUCUCUCUACCUCUCCACCCAGAAAGGAUAGAGAAGUAGCUUCUGUUCUCUAGGACUCAGGAGCCAUGAAUCUCACCAUGUGCUCAUCACAGCAGCGACCUGAUCUUUGAUAUAAAAUCAGCAGCUCUGCUUUUCUCACGUAACAUUUUAUUGCAUUCUCUUCAGAUUCAGUCCAGUUUUGAUGCCUUUCAGGAUGAGGGAAGUACAGAUUGCACACAAAACUCGUUCUAAUUCUCAAAACCCAACAAAAUUGGAAAUAUAUUCAGAACGAAUAGUUUGAUACUAAAUAUGUCCAUGUACCGACAUAUUGUGUCUGUGUAGUUUGCACCCCUUACAUUUCUUAAAUCUGUAUUAGAGCAUCAGCUUGCUUUGUAUGCUUUGAUGUGUCAUCUGUCGAUCGUGUCUUCUCGUGUACAUUAAAGUUGUCUUUGAAGGUU